AUGGUUUCCUUAGCGUCUCUCUCCGCGCGGCUGAAGCGGUGGCUGCAGACGUUGGCUGUAAUUCUAUGGAUCUUGGGUUUCAUAGUCUUGAGCCCAGUCUGCACAGUCAUCUUUAUUAGCCUCCUCUUCACCUGCUUGUGGCUGCUCAGCAUCCUCUACUCAGCCUGGUGGUACCUGGAUAGAGACACCCCAAGGAAAGUUGGGAGGCAGACCAAGACCAUGAAGCGAUGGCAUGUGUGGAAGUACCUGGCAGACUACUUUCCUAUCUCACUCAUUAAGACAGUGGAGUUAGACCCAAUCCGGAACUAUAUUGCUGGCUUCCACUCUCAUGGCAUUCUGGCUGCUGGAGCCUUCAGCAACUUCUAUACUGAAGGCACUAGUUUUUCUUCGUUUCCUGGGAUCCAUUUCUACCUGAUGAUAUUGACUUUUUGGUUACAGCUUCCUUUCUUCAGAGAUAUUAUCACGAGGCUUCGCUUGACCCCUCAGUUCCAGGGGAGCCCCCUGUGGGCAAGUCCAGGGAACCUCAUCAGCAAAUUUGUACAAACUGCCACAGACCGCAGCUGUUCGAGGCUUUGUGUUCCUGUGUGCCUAGCCCCACUCCAUUUCCUAGGAAUAACUUACACAGCCAGUAAGUUACGCAACAUUCAGUUCCCUGCUUGA